AUGGCCCGGCGAGAGAAGAAGGUUGUGCUGCUUUGUGCUGUGCUGGCCUUGGCGUUUUACUCGCCAAGCCUCGGCUGGAGCAGCGCAGAAGAUGAGCAGCUGAAAAAGACCUUGAAGGUUUGGAAGCAGCCGCACAACCUCCGCAUCGCUGGGAAGAGCUUUGCCGUGGACACCGUCUCCCAGGGCUCGCAGCAAUGGCAAGUGAGGGCCACCGAGAGCGGCAACAGCUCCACGGCGCUCUUCGCGGCUCGCGAGGGCGGUGGCCAGGUCACGUACGGACUGAACUACGACUCGACGCACAGCCGCUAUCAGCCAUCCAGGGCCAAGCUGGGCUUUGCCGCUGCAACCGACGAGGAUGGAAGCAAUGUUGACUGGACGCUGCGAGUGGCGGGCAAGCGGUCCGAGCCACUACACAUCUCCAUGACGGGCAACGGCGACGACGUGUUGUACGAAGCUGCGGUGGGAGUGGAGAGGCCUCUGAGGGGCAAUGUGCUGGGCCGCUAUGGCCUCGACAUCAAGCGACGGCCAGGGCAAUCUUGGAGGCCCUGGCUCCGCCACGGGCUGGGGCUCUUGUACAAUUCCUCUGUGGGCGAAGCAAAGGUGAACGUCUUCUCGACCAGCGAGGCCUCGAACAUCAGCAGCAACGAGUGGGCCGCCUCCUUGAAGGGCCGCUUGGAGGGGUGGAGCGCCAAGCGGGGCGGCAAGAUCCUCAGCAGGGACCCACAGUACUUGCUGCGGCUGUCCCCAAAUGGUCUGGAUGCCCUGGUCCGUGCCCCGGCGAAGCGGGGCUUCGCCUUCGGCGUGAACGGCCACGUGUCCCCAAAGGCCGAGUAUGACGCGGAAGGCUACCUGGAGUGGGACGGCAAGCACGAAGUGAUCAACGGUCUUACCCUUGAGGUUGACACCAAGGCCUCGGCCAAGAAGGGCACAGUGACUCUGCACCCCCUGGGCCUCACGGCGGUGGCGGAUCUCGAGAAACUGGCGCCGAAGCUCGCGGGCGGCGACUCGAAGGUGGCGCUGCGGAUGCUCUACAAGCUGGAUGGCGACCACCCCAGCUUGCAGGGCCUGGCCAGCGUGUCACCAGCCCAGGUGCCGCAGCUGCGGGCCACCGGCACGGCCGCGUACUCCGACAACGGCGAGACCUCCGGCGCAUUGAGGGUCACGAUGGAAGAUUUGCACGGCGUGGACGCCCGCUACGAGUUGGCCACCGCCAAGGGCAGCUAUCGCCAUGCCUCUGAAGUGAGGCUGCCGCGUGUGGAGUUUGGUGGUGGCAGCUACUUGCGCGGCACGGGGAAGUUCUACAAGGGCAGCGAAUGGGGGGAGAAGCCGCGGGUGCAGCUGGGAGUGCAGUAUGAGGGCAAGGUCAACGUCAAUGGCAGGAGCUUGGACCUUGGGGGAGAGAGCGCAGCCUUCGACAGCGGGCGCAGCCUCUUGGAUGAGAUGGGUCGGCCCUGGACCAGCCCCGAGAUGCGCAAGGCCCGGAACAGCGCGCAGGUGCUGCGAAGGCGCAUCGCCAGCGACUUUGGGGAGGCCCAAAGAUUGCAGCCAUGUCGACUCCUGGACUGGCUGGAAGCAUGUCUCCCUGGCCAGGUGAUCAUCGAAGGCCAGAUGGUGACGAAAGCGCACCAUAUGGAGGUCACGAUGCCACUGGGGGCCACCAUUCCAGGAGUGCCUGUGGUCGAGCUCCUCCGGGUGAUGCGCGAUGCCACGAGCAGUCAGGAGGACGAGAAGAUGCAGCAGCACGCCGAGGUCCUCUCAAGCGUGCUGGCGCUGCUGGAGGUGGAUGUGCUGCCGGACGAGGAAGCACCCGAGGGCGAGGAUGGGGAUGGCCCAAGACGAACGCCGAGCUAUGGCCAGGUCGCGCAGAAGAAAAUGGCCGAGAUGUCCAAGGAGAUCGAGGUUCUCCAUGCGGAGCAGUCCAGGAUCCAGCGAGAGGCUGAGCAACUGAGAGCCAGAAACUCCACGCUGGCCACCUUCCUGGCCUCGGCGGAGCGCUCCGCCGCGCAGCUGCGCACCGCUUUGACGGAGGCCGGCAUCAGCAUUGGUUCGCCCAAGCAGGCGCAGGGGGAGGCCUGCGCUGAGGACACGGGCAAGGACUUCCAGGAGUUGGAGUCCUGGGCUGCCCGCUUGCGUGAGACCUCCCCAAAGAAAGGAACUCCCAAACGACUCUGCCUCUGA